AUGAGGCACUCAGCUGAUUCAAUGGCAUGGAAGCCAUUCGAUGAACAUCACCCUUCAUUUGCAACCGAACCCCAUAAUGUUCGACUUGGAUUUACUAGUGAUGGAUUUCAGCCAUUUCGCAAUUCAAAAAGCUCACAUAGCAUUUGGCCCGUGGUUCUUAUUCCUUAUUACUUACCACCUUGGUUGUGUAUGAAACAAGAAAAUUUUAUCUUGUCAAUGCUUAUUCCUGGUCCAAAUGGUCCUGGAGAUGCAAUUGAUACAUAUCUUCAACCUCUGAUAGAGGAACUAAAGGAGUUGUGGGAAGUUGGUAUUGAGACCUUUGAUGCAUCAACUAAACAAAAUUUUAAGUUGAAUGCUUCUUUGUUGUGGACUAUCAAUGAUUUUCCAGCAUAUGAAAAUUUAUCAAGAUGGAGUACAAAAGGAAAAUUGGCAUGUCCAUCUUGUGAACUUGAAAUUGCUGGACCUAUUCAUUAUCGGUGGAUGUAUCCUAUUGAGCGAUGGUUAUAUUUUUUGAAAUCUCUCAUUGGUAAUAGGGCAUGUCCAGAAGGUUCUAUUGCAGAGGGCUACAUUGCAAAUGAAUGCAUGACCUUAUGUUCAAGGUUCGAUAUGAAAACUAAAAAUGAGUAUGGAUCAAUUAUGAAGAGUACUAUUAGAUACUCAUUUGUUGCGCCUGGGGCAAUUGGAAGAGGAAGAGGACGAGGGCUUAAAUCUUUGACAUCAAAAGGAAAAUUUUCAACUAAGAGUUCAUUAUUUCAAUCUAGUGAUCUGGUUAAGAAAUACAUCCAAGAAGUUGAAACAAGUGCUAUUGAGAAGGGACGACAACAACAACUUACCAACGUCCCAAUGUCUUCUAGUCAUGAAAAGAGAGCAAUAAAUGAGAAGUCCAAUAUGUUUCUUGAGAAAGAGUAUAUGCAAGUUAAUACUUCAUUUCAUCCAACUACCAAGCAAGCUAAGCAAUACAUCAAUGAUGUUGAAACAAGAUCAUCUAAUCCUAGAAAGGUAAAAAGAGUUCGAGGGAGAAACAAGUGUAAAGAAGUUGCAUCACUUGAAGCUGGAAAGAGGUUGAAAGCAACAUUUUACAAUAAUCGAACGGAUAAAUUUGAGAGUGUUGACUUGAAUGAUCAUCGAGACCAUAUAUUUGGAUGGAUGAAUGAGUUAUGGAACAAAUGGAGAGGAUACUUGCAUGCUACUUAUGUGAAAAAUAAGCCAAUCGUUCAGGCUCUGAAGAAUAUUCCAAAGGGAGUCGAAAAGAAGGAAUGGGAGUGGUUAGUUAAGGAAUAUUUUUUUUCCGAAAGUUUUCAGGGCGGAAAAGAUGGCAAUCUGCCAAAUUUGGCAACUAUUUUCUUCGAGACUCGUAAGAAAGAUAACAUGCUUGUUGAACCAGAAGUUAUUGAAAAACAUGUGCGUUUGGAGGGUAAGAAAGUUAAACUUGCUAUUGUUGAGUUUUCUGAUUAUGCUGCUUCUUGGUGGAAAAAGCUUGCUAGGGACAGAUUGCAAGAGGAGCUACCACCUAUUGCUACGUGGGCAGAGAUGAAGAGGGUAAUGAGGAAGCGAUUUAUUCCAUCAUACUUCCAAAGAGAUCUACAAUCUCGCCUUCAACGCUUGAAGCAAGGCUCCAUGUCGGUGGAUGAGUACUUCAAAAGCAUGGAUAUGGCUAUGAUCCAAGCUAACUGCAUGGAGGAAGAAGAGGCUACAAUAGCUAGAUUUUUAAAUGGUUUAAAUACAGAAAUAGCUAAUGUAGUAGAGAUACAACAAUAUGUAACUUUAGAUGAGUUAGUUGAUUUGUCUGUAAAAGUUGAAAAACAAAUUGAGAAAAAGCAGCAAAAUAACUCAUGGAGAAGUCGACCAAACACUAUCUCUAAGAAGCCAUGGUCAACUCAAGAGGGGAAAGCUCCUUCCAAACCUCAAGAUGAUAGAGGUAAAGGUAAGGUUGAGGAGGGAGGUAAAACCUUUAAUCCUAAAUCUUCUAAACCUUCAAGUUCUAUUCAAUGUCACAAAUGUCAUGGAAGGGGGCAUAUGAUGCAUGAAUGUCCAAGUAGAAGAAACAUCCUACUUAGAGAGAAUGGAGAAUAUGAGAGUGAAAAAAGUGAGGGGGAAGAAGAAGAGGGAGAAGGUGUAAGUGAGGAAGAUGAUUUGGAACUGCCUAAUGAUGGUAUAAUUGGGGUGGUUAGGAGAAUUAUGACUAUCAAUUUGGGUAGUGUUGAUGAAGGGCAGAGAGAGAAUUUGUUUCAUACUAGGUGUGGGAUAAAAGGGAAGACUUAUUCUAUGAUUAUUGAUGGGGGAAGUUGUGCAAAUGUGGUGAGUUCAUACUUGGUGGAUAAACUAGGAAUUGCAUGCAUGAAGCGCUCUACCCCAUAUAGGCUCCAAUGGUUGAAUGAUUGUGGAGAAGUAAAAGUAAACAAACAAUGCAUGAUUUCAUUCAAUGUUGGUAGGUAUGAAGAUGAGAUUCUUUGUGAUGUAGUUCCAAUGCAAGCAUGUCAUGUUUUACUUGGCCGACCUUGGCAGUAUGAUAGGCAGAAUUUUGAAGAUGUUUUUCCUGAUGACACUCCAAAGGGAUUGCCACCUUUGAGAGGGAUUGAGCACCAAAUAGACUUUGUGCCUGGGUCUCAACUUCCUAAUAGGCCUGCCUAUAGGAGCAAUCCUGAAGAGACCAAAGAAUUACAACGGCAAGUUGAAGAAUUGCUUGUAAAGGGAUUUGUUCGAGAGAGUAUGAGCCCAUGCUCUGUUCCAGUCCUAUUGGUCCCCAAAAAGGAUGGAACAUGGAGGAUGUGGUUUGUGGUCAGUUCUAAGGGAGUUGAAGUAGAUGAUGAGAAAAUCAAGGCAAUAAAAGAAUGGCCUAAACCUAAUAGUGUAACUGAAGUUAGGAGUUUUCAUGGACUUGCUAGUUUUUAUAGGAGGUUUGUGCGAGACUUUAGCACCAUUGCUGCUCCUUUAACUGAAGUUAUAAAAAAAGAUAAGGUUUUUACAUGGGGAAAGGAACAAGAUGAUGCAUUUAACUUGCUGAAGGAUAAAUUGUGUUCUGCGCCUCUUUUGCAAUUGCCUGAUUUUUCUAAGUCUUUUGAAGUUGAGUGUGAUGCCUCUGGUAAGGGCAUAGGUGCAGUUUUGAUGCAAGACUCCAAGCCAAUUGCCUACUUUAGUGAAAAGCUAAGUGGAGCAACAUUGAACUACUCAACUUAUGAUAAAGAGCUAUAUGCCUUGGUGAGGGCGUUAGCUACAUGGCAGCACUACUUGUGGCCUCGAGAAUUUGUGGUCAAGACUGAUCAUGAGUCAUUAAAAUACUUGAAGAGCCAAGGUAAACUUAGUCGUAGGCAUGCUAAAUGGGUAGAGUUUAUUGAAACUUUUCCUUAUGUAAUUGCUUACAAACAAGGAAAGGAGAAUGUGGUUGCUGAUGCACUCUCAAGAAGGUAUAAAUUUAAUCUUCAAGAUGAAUUUCUAUUCAAGGAAAAUAAAUUAUGUGUUCCUAACUGCUCGUUGCGUGAACUAUUUGUUAGGGAAGCACAUUGUGGAGGGCUAAUGGGACAUUUUGGUGUACCCAAAACACUGGAAAUACUUUCUGAACAUUUUUAUUGGCCUAGCAUGAGAAAGGAUGUUGAAAAAGUGUGUUCUUAUUGUCUUGAAUGUAAACAGGCUAAGUCUAGAACAUUGUCGCAUGGUCUUUAUACUCCUUUACCUGUUUCUAAUUCCCCUUGGAUUGAUAUUUCUAUGGAUUUCAUAUUGGGGCUGCCAAGGACUAAGUAUGGUAAGGAUAGUAUAUUUGUGGUAGUAGAUAGAUUUUCUAAAAUGGCUCGUUUUAUCCCAUGUAAAAAGACUAAUGAUGCAUCUCAUGUGGCUGACUUGUUUGUAAAGGAAGUGGUUAAAUUGCAUGGAAUACCUAGAACUAUUGUUAGCGAUAGGGAUGCCAAGUUCUUAAGUCACUUUUGGAGAAUUCUUUGGGGAAAGUUGGGAACUAAAUUGCUAUUUUCUACAUCUUGUCACCCACAAACGGACGGGCAAACGGAAGUGGUUAAUAGAACUUUAGGGAACAUGUUGAGGGCUAUUUUGAAAGGAAAGUUGACUUCUUGGGAAGAUUACUUACCUAUUGUAGAAUUUGCUUAUAAUAGGACCUUCCAUUCUUCUACUGGUAAGACUCCUUUUGAAGUUGUAUAUGGAUUCAACCCCCUUACCCCCCUUGAUUUAUUGCCUUUGCCCUUGGUUUGGGUGCAUAUGCGAAAGGAAAGAUUUCCUUCCAAAAGAAAGACCAAACUAGAUCCUAGAGGAAGUGGGCCAUACAAAGUCCUUGAAAGGAUUGGAGACAAUGCUUAUAAACUUCCACAGGUACUCCAGCUAGUAGACCUCCCCAGUAGGAGCACAGGACACUCAGCUGCUAAUGGUAUCAUGUCUAAUAGUCCAAUUGGGAAGAGCUCGGAGAACAUCAUGGAGGUUCUCGCCAACAUCUCUAAGCAAGUAGCGGAAAUGAAUGGAAGGAUGGGAGGUAUGGAGGAAAGGUUGGUACGGGUGGAAAAUGAGAAUAGAAGGAAAGCAAUUCAACCCGAAUAUGAGGAGAUAAGGAGGGCAUCGGUGCAUUCCACCACCCUUGCUCUGGGACAAGCUCAUAAUCUAUGUUCUCCUCCACAAAGCCGAACCCGAAACUACCACGCCCCACUUUCCAAACUCCCAACCCUCCAAACCACCUAA